AUGUCUUCAAUUAAUUCGGAAAUUCGAAAACCAACCUGGGAUACUUACACAGCCCGAGACCUUGAAAUACUUUCGGAUAUAAUAACUUUGGCUACAUAUACUUCACAUACUUCACAGAGUUCAAUAGAAAUAACACCAAUUUCAUUUAUGUCAUUAUUUCGUGCUCAUGAUGUUGUAUUAUCAACAAGAAGAAUUGACCCAAAAACUGAUACUACUUAUUAUCAAUUUUUGUUAAAAUUAUCAUUAAUGCCUGGUAAAAAUUGGUGUGAAAAAUUUGAAAAUGCUAUCAAGGAUAUUGGAUUAAAAACAGAUAUCGAACAAUAUAAUUGGUUAUUACGUCAAUCUAAUGAACUAUCUGAGUCAGAGUAUAGUACAGAAAGCAACAUUUCUUCUUCUCAAUUGGAUCAUAGUAGUGUUGAAAAUAUUACUUUUGAUAAUUUUAUCAAAGCAAGUAAAGAUAGUUUAUCAUUCGUAUUAGAACAUAAAGAUGAUAAUUAUGAAUCGAGCGUUGAAUCAUCAACUAAAUUUGAUUCUCAGAGUUUUAAUGAUGGUUAUGAGAAACAAUCACAUAUUAAGAGAGAUAUCUUCAAAAUUGAAGAAGUUGGUAAAUCUGAAGAAGAUACGCUCAAGGGUGAUGUUUCGAUAGUAAAAAAGAAUACAUGGAUACCUAUAACGAAUGUUGUUGAUAAUAUUAAAUUUAUUCCGGAUGGUAUUGAAAGUGUUGACGAUAGUGAAAAAGAGGUUCCUCAAGAAAUGGAAGAAUUAAAAGAGAAACUACGAAUAUAUUUUAAAGAAUGGAGAAGAUAUUUUGAUAAAUUAAUAUCAACAUCACAAAAUUAUAAUAUAAUUGAUGAAGGUACCGAAGAAACUUUAGUAGAAAGAGUUUUUGAAAAAUGGAGAAGUAGAUAUAUUCAUUAUGAAUCAUUAAAUGAAAUGGCUGAAGAUGAAACAUACUACUAUAAUAAUGAGACAGAUAAUUGGGAUACACCAUACGAGGAUGAUGAUAGGGGAUGUUACUUAAAUUUAGAUAUCGGAGAAUUUUUAAUCAAAUCAAGUUAUCCAAAUAUUGUAAAAUUAAUUAGUUAUAAUGCAGAAGGUUUAGUGAAGGCUCUUGAUGAUAUAGAAGGAGCUGUAUCAGCAUACAAAGCAAGUGAUGGCCAAAUUACCAUUACAGAUGAACAUUCUUCAAAAAAUGAGUACAAAGUAAAGCUUGGUAAAAGUCUUAGUUUAAAAAUUUUAUAUGUAAAUAAGCGUAUUAUGAAAGAAUUGGAAGAUAAG